UUGCGAUCCUAGAGCAACACCGAAAGCUCGACAAUACCACCCGACCCGCAACCAUGGCGACCGAACUCACUGUCCAGUCGGAGCGCGCUUUCCAGAAGCAGCCUCACAUCUUCCUCAACCACAAGGUCGGCGGACCCCGCAAGAACACCCGCGCCAGGAGAUGGUACAAGGACGUUGGUCUGGGCUUCCGUACGCCCAAGACCGCCAUUGAGGGUACCUACAUCGACAAGAAGUGCCCAUUCACCGGCAUGGUCUCCAUCCGUGGCCGUAUCCUUACCGGAACUGUCAUGUCCACCAAGAUGCACCGCACCUUGAUUAUCCGCCGUGAAUACCUUCACUUCAUCCCCAAGUACUCCCGUUACGAGAAGCGCCACAAGAACCUCGCCGCACACGUCUCCCCCGCUUUCCGUGUCGAGCCCGGUGACCAGGUCGUCGUUGGCCAGUGCAGGCCCCUCUCCAAGACCGUCCGCUUCAACGUCCUCCGUGUCCUCCCCCGAAAGGGAAAGGCUGCUAAGCAGUUCAACAAGUUCUAAGUGCAUAGAAAAGGGAUGGUGUAACGGUUCAUGAUCAGCAACGGAAAGAAACUUGGUUGAGGCGGAGUGUGACGGCUUUCGAUAUAGUCGUCAAAAUUCGGCAUCAAGGAUUGAGGUAUCGGAGUCCCAUGGGCCAUGUAUGUUUCUUCAGCUACGAUCAAUGAAAGUCCUCGAGUGGUCAAACAGCCACCGAGGCGGGUCAAAAGUCCAUUGCUGUUCAUGCUGCAGCGUGAUGGAUCUUGGUACAUGUGUUUGCGUUGGGAACCCUGGCGAUUAGUGACUACAUCACAUCACGUCUUGCUGCACCUUGAGAUGUCCCUGGUCCAAGUCGUGAGAAAAGACAAAACAUGAACGCGUCUAGCACACAUUAACAUUACAUCACU